CUGGGAGACAAGGCAGCAGGGGAUCGAGAGGCCGAGGAUCAGAGGCACCUCCCUGGAGCAGCGCAGGUCAACAGCGUUGACCAUCGAUCGAGUGGGCACAGGAAGAUGGCACGGCCGUGCGCCCUGUUCCGGACCCUUCCCGCUGCCAGCUUUCUCCUGGCGGUGCUGGGCGGCGCCCGGACGGCGCGGGGUGCGGACGGAGUGACCCCCACCGCCCCGCUGGGGGACAACGCCAGCUGCCAGGGCCUGUACGAGUGCGAGGGUGGGGUCAUCCUGCCGCUGUGGCAGCCCCAGGACCCCUCGGUGGGCGACAAGGUGGCGCGGGCCAUCGUCUACUUCGUGGCGCUGGUCUACAUGUUCCUGGGGAUGUCCAUCGUCGCUGACCGCUUCAUGGCCUCCAUUGAGGUGAUCACCUCACAGGAGCGGGAGAUUACCAUCAAGAAGCCCAACGGCGAGACCAUGACGGCCACAGUGAGGGUCUGGAACGAGACCGUGUCCAACCUGACGCUCAUGGCGCUCGGCUCCUCGGCCCCCGAGAUCCUCCUCUCCGUCAUCGAGGUCUGUGGGCACAAGUUUGAGGCCGGGACCCUCGGCCCCGCCACCAUCGUGGGCAGCGCGGCCUUCAACAUGUUCGUCAUCAUCGCCACCUGCAUCUACGUGGUGCCGGACGGCGAGAGCCGCAAGAUCAAGCACCUCCGCGUCUUCUUCGUCACCGCCAGCUGGAGCAUCUUCGCCUAUAUCUGGCUAUACCUGAUCUUGGCCAUCAUCUCGCCGGGGGUGGUGGAAGUUUGGGAAGGUCUGGUCACCUUCUUCUUCUUCCCCGUCUGCGUCAUCGUGGCGUGGAUCGCCGACCGGCGCCUCCUCAUCUACAAAUACAUGUACAAGAGGUACCGGGCGGACAAGAACCGGGGGCUGAUCAUCGAGACAGUGGGCGAGAGGCCCCUGGACAAGCUGGACAUGGAGCUGGACGGGGCCUACAAGGGCUCGCAGGAGGGGCUGGAGUCGGAGGCCGGCGAGAAGGACCAGGACGAGGAGGCCCGGCGGGUAAUGGCUCGGGUGCUCAAGGACCUCCGGCAGCGUCACCCGGAGAAGGACAUGGAGCAGCUCGUCGAGUUGGCCAACUACCAUGUCCUGAGCCAGCAGCAGAAGAGCCGGGCCUUCUACCGCAUCCAGGCAACUCGCCGCAUGACCGGAGCCGGAAAUAUCCUCAAGAAGCACGCGGCCGAACAGGCUCGCAAGGUCCUGAGCCUCCAGGACCUGCGGGCUGGCGACAGCCUCGCCAGCGGCACCGUUUGCUUCGAGCACGCCCAGUACCAGUGCUUCGAGAACUGCGGCACCCUGAAGCUGGGGGUGGCUCGAGAAGGCGGGGACCCCGCUUGCGUCCUGACGGUGGACUUCCGCACUGAGGAUGGCACGGCCAACGCCGGCUCCGACUACCAGUUCGCCGAGGGCACCCUGGUCUUCAAGCCGGGCGAGAUGCGCCGGGAGAUCUCCGUGGGCAUCAUCGACGACGACAUCUUCGAGGAGGACGAGUACUUCCGGGUGCGCCUCGCCAACCUGCAGGUCAGCUACCCCGAGGAGGACCGGGCCCCCCUACCCCCGCCCACCUCGGCCUACGGCCUGGGCUCUCCCAGCGCCGCCACCAUCACCAUCUUCGACGACGACCACGCCGGCGUCUUCUCCCUCGAGCAGGACUCGCAGAGGGUCAGCGAGAGCGUGGGGGUCAUGAGGGUCAAGGUGCAGAGGACAUCGGGGGCAAGGGGCACCGUGCACAUCCCCUUCAAGAUGGUCGAGGGCACGGCCAAGGCAGGCGAGGACUUCGAGCAGUACAGUGGGCACCUGGUCUUCCAGAACGACGAGACUCUGCAGGUCAUUGAAAUCCAAAUCAUUGACGACGAAGAAUAUGAGAAGAACAAGAAUUUCUUUGUUGAACUCGGUGACCCUGUGCUCGUCGAGGUUGGGAAGCGAAGAGGCGACCCCAACGAGAAUCGGCCGGGCAUGCUGCCGGAUGAGGAGGAGGCUGUCACCAAGCUUGGUUGCCCGUCGCUGGGUGAGCCGGUCAAGACGGAGAUCAUCAUCGAGGAGUCCUACGAGUUUAAGAAUACUGUCGACAAGCUGAUUAAGAAGACUAACCUGGCUCUGGUGGUGAGCAGUAGCAGCUGGAGAGAGCAGUUUGUCAAUGCUGUAACGGUCAGUGCGGGGCCUAGGGCCUGGGGCCUGGGGCCUGGAAAACCCGCUUCCCCUCGAAGCCUCUGCUUCUCCGAGGACCUGCCGACUUGGAUUCCCGGGACGGGAAUGCUCGGUGACGCUCGCGUCUCCCGGUCGAAGCUGGGAUCAUCCCGGAGUUGA